GUCAUUGCACAACUUAGUUUGUCAGGGUGACAAAGAUUUGAUAUCAGUGAACAGGGAAGGAAAAACUACACUUGUUUAGAUGUUUAGGCCGAAGGGCGGAGACGGGAUGACUGGAACGGAGACAAAUGGUGCGGAAGCUGCUCCUCCGAACUACACACUGUGCGACCUGUGGACGGAGUUUUGUCAAACAACCGCGAUUCAUGGAUUCAACAAGAUCUCCACACCUACUUGUCGAUUCACCUUUCGAGGAAUACUUUGGACAUUGGCUGUAUGUGGUGCUACGGGGUUCCUCAUCUUCAACCUGAUGAGCGAGAUUGGGGAUUACUACAGCUACCCUAUCGCCACUAAGGUUACAAACAAGAUCAGGAACACCAUUGAAUUUCCCGCCGUCACCAUCUGCAACAGAUGCACCCUCAACAAGACACGUCUUGCGUCUUACCCCGAUCUUGAGUCAUAUUUCCGUGACUCAAGCCUGCAACAAAAGACCAGCGACAUAUAUAAUUUCGACGAUAUUGAUGACGGUAUCAUGCUGCAGCCGUUGUCGUUAGACUGGUGGACCAACAUGUCGAUGGAUGCCUCUUCGUUGUUUCAUCUGUGUUUUUUCGGAGGAGAGAGUAUCGACUGUUCAAGCAAUUUCCUACCUGUGUUCACCGACGAGGGUCUCUGUCAUACCUUCAACUUCAACGCCAGUGACAUUGUCAACGUGAAGAACUCCGGCAGCGGUGCCAACCUAAUCAUAAACUACAACAUUGCCCAGCAGUAUUACACUUUCAGAGAAACACAUGGCGGCCGGGAUAAAGACACAGCUCUCAAUGGUCUGUUGGUAUUAAGAACUUUUAAUGCCAGCCUUCCUAGCUUCCGUACACCUGAUGAUGAAGCUGACCUUGCCUCUCCCCUUCCUGACACUGAUGAUGAGGAUCUCAACAUGACGACAGUGCCAUACAAUGAGCUG